UGCUGGCCAUCAUCGCGCCAUUGCUGCCAUCGUGCCUCGUACGGAGGGUUUUCAGAUCAACAUAUACCCGAAUCGAGUCAGAGCAGGAGUCGUCAUGUACGAGAUGGCAGGGCUCGGUCCACUCGCCUCCCUCGCCGCAAAUCUCUGCGUGCUAUUGCUACCCACAUUUUUGCCCAGUCCGAACGGAUCUGUCCCGUUGCCCUUUGCCGUCCAUGGGCGCCGGCUGUUGUUGUUGCUCCAAUGUUCGGCCAUUUAGCUAAGUCUCCGGGUGAUUCUCACGGACACUUAUGGCCACCGGUGACUUUGGGAAAAUUCCUCAUUCUCAGGACGACGACCACACUGUCUCCUGUAGGGCCGAUUGAAACCUUCAAAAGGGAUCGACUGGUGUUCAGACGUGAUCAGUGGCCCUGCAACAAGGCUGCGAAUCAUACUCUGGUCCCCGUACACUGCCCAGUUUUUUCUCCCGUUCGGCUAAGACCGAGACACGGCCGACUGACUGUCCACUGCCCACCAUGAGUUCUUCCACCAUUCUCGACGACGACGUCGAAAAGGAAACCCAAGCACAACGGCCCCAUCAACCUGAAAGACUCGGCCUGACCCGGACACGGUCGUCUCUCGACGAAGCGCUUGAUGCCGCAGCCAAUAUCGAUGAGGACGAGCAUGAGUCUGGGCCUCCAGUAAACAAUACCGCCACUUCACCUGCGGAUCAUGCUCCUCCUCCAAACGGUGGCUUUCAUGCCUGGCUCCAAGUGGCCGGCUCCUUUUUUUUGUUUUUCAAUUGCUGGGGAACUGUCAACGCAUUUGGUGUCUUCCAGACAUACUACGAGACCAAUCCAUACUGGCACGAAAGCCCCAGCAAUAUCUCGUGGAUCGGCUCCAUCCAAGCGUUUUUGCUGCUUCUCGUCGGUGUCAUCACCGGCCCAGCUUACGAUGCAGGUUACUUCCGUGCCCUUGUCACCACGGGUGCCAUUCUCAUCCCUCUGGGCUUCAUGAUGACCUCCCUGGCCAAAGAGUACUGGCAGACCAUGCUGGCGCAAGCACUCUGCAUCGGCAUCGGCAAUGGCUGUCUCUUCAUCCCUUCAGUGGCCAUCCUGCCGCAGUAUUUCUCCACGAAAAAAGCCCUGGCCAACGGUAUUGCCGCCGCCGGCUCCAGCGUCGGUGGUGUGAUUUAUCCUAUUGUUUUUCGCCAAGUCGAACAACAACUCGGAUUUGGCUGGGCCACUCGAAUCAUUGGUUUUAUUUCUCUGGCCACCGUCUGGUUCUCCGUGCUGGUCAUGAAGCCUCGCGUCAUGCCAAAGCAUAAGCGACAUCUGACCGACCUGGCCGCAUUCAAGGAACUUCCAUACACGCUCUUCUGCAUCGCCAUGUUUUUCGGGUUUAUCGGCUUUUACGGCCCCAUCUAUUAUAUUCAGACUUAUGCGAUCCAGAAGCACAUCACCACCGAGCAUUUGGCGUUUUAUCUGUUGCCCAUUCUCAACGCCGCCAGUGUGCCCGGUCGCAUCAUCCCUAAUUUCAUUGCCGACCGUACGGGACCUCUGAACGCCUUGAUUCCUUGCGCUCUCAUGACCGCUGUACUGGCCUUUGUCUGGAUCGCUGUCAAGAACCUGGGUGGGACCAUCGUCUUUGCGUUGUUAUAUGGAAUGUUUUCGGGCGGCUUUGUCUCCAUGCCUCCGGUUGCCAUUGUCAGCUUGACCAAGGACAUGCACAAGUUGGGCACUCGGAUGGGUCAAUGUUUCUUCAUCAGCGCUUUUGGGUUGUUGGUCGGCACCCCUGUGUCCGGCGCCAUUCUCAACAAUUCGGGAAAAUGGAUCGGUGUUCAGUUAUUCAGCGCCAUCACCAUUUGCAUCACUGGAUGUUUGUUUGUCUGGGCCAGGAUCGAUGCUGUCGGAUACUCGUUCAGGAAGCGAGCUUGAAAAGGAAAAAUCUGUUUCUGUUACAACAAGUCGGCAUUAUUCAGCGUGCAUGUGCAUCUUGCGAGUUGGCAUCAUAGAAGCGGUUUUGAGGCGUUCACUUUUACUUUGGCACUGUGGGACUUGAUCACAUUGAAGUGUAAUUUUACGAUUGGAACAAGUCAGAAGCAGGAGCAAGCGUUGGCCAAACAAAAGAAAGACACUCUUAAUUGACGCGUCACACGAGAUAUUCAUCCUCCAAGUCAGAACCCCAGGUUCUCAUCUCCGCCUUUUGGAAAUGGACGUUAGUCGGCCAGGACAGUGAGACAGGUUCAGACAACCUGUCCUCAUCGAAGGUCAUGGCAUUUCAUUUCCGUGUUCAAUAGCCGGGUACCAGGAUCUCAGCAAUAUUAUACCACAGAUCAUAGCAUUCUCAUGGCAUGAUUUCACAACAGAUCGAGAAACGGAGGAAGGACGGACGGACGGAUGGACAGACGGACGACCAACUGGACGAGAACGAGUGGACGCACGUCUUCCAUUCUUGCGGCUAUGUGGGUGCAACGAGUUUACUCUGCUGUCACUAUCGGUCGAGAUCUGGGUUGGUGAGUUAGCAAAGAGAGUCCUUUUCAAAGAGAGCAUGGAAAUGGCACUUCAAAACACCCUGAGGGCUUUGAUGCGUCGAACAAAAACUGCAAAGUGACACUAUCAAUAUCGGAGGAGACGGGAAACGGACAAUACAGUUCCAACCAGACAAAAGGGGAGUCUCGGUCGACUGGGUUUGAACUUGUUAUGCCCUACGGUGGCAAUAGCACGAGCGACCAGAUUCCAGAUCUCGAAUUGAAUUCAAUCGUACAGCUUCCCUAUUCAAGAUAAACUACAGUGCCACUCGAAAAUGGAAUGAACCACAUCGCAGGGAAUCAGUUUUCUCCUCAGAGUCACCACCAACCCAUCUACAGACUACAGAAUACUGUCUACUGUCUACCGUCGACGUUUACAUCUUAUGUACCACUUGAGUCAGAUUUCAAUCAACAUGGAGGAUGGGAACCAAUCUCAUACCGUACGAACAGAUUCAAGGAGAGUUUGGAUCCAUUCUUCGUUCGUCUGGAGAAUGACAUUCAGAUCCAUCGGGGAGUUGGUGACUUUGGCUUUGUCGGCCUGGCCCAUCUCUUUUUUCUCGUUUUUGUGGCCGUUUUUCGUUUUCAGUCGAGACAUAUUGCACCCUCCAGUUGUCAUGGCACGGUAUAUGCUAUGCUGUCAUACAGUACCCUCCCUGCACUGCCCUUAAUUUCCUUGCUCUGAAUUGCCUUGCCUUGCCUCGAUCGAACUAUCCUGCCCCUGUUGUCCUAAUCUACCACGCGAUCGGAGACCAGAGAACUGAGAACCGAGAGCUGGAGACGGGUGCCGAGUGACGACGGGUGAUGUGAUGAGUGACGAUCUGGGUGAUAAGUGAUGGGUUACGAACGAACGGCAACGACAAUCAAUAGUCGUUCGUUGUUAAAGGUUUUUGUCUGUCCGGUCGUUCGCUUGUUCGAUUUCUCUUCGCAUAUAACCUCAGCCUGCACCUAUUUUUACACUACAAUCCAACCAGACCACUGCUUUCCGACGCUUUCCAUCUCCGUUCUCAUUCUCUGCCGAUAUCUAUUCUGUGCAUUUGUCCCAAAAGAAAGUCGCCUUCCGAAUCUACAUAAAUAGGAAUCAUCUCCUCUCCGCAGCCCGGAUACGAUACGUCUACUCCACCACGUCCAGAGUCAUCUACAGUCCGAUUCGAACGAAACAAGACGAGGCCCUCGACCUCCCUGUCCUCCCAAAAAGGAAAUCUCUUGGUUCUUGAACCAGAGUCCGAGUUCCUCCUCUCCUCUUCCAGCGACCCGGUGCGGUCUACAUACAGUCAAGGCCCGGACUGGCAGUACAACUCAAGGUUGAGUUUGUGCAGCAUGUCCAGCCCCACCCGCCGCCGAGAAGACCGCGAACGAAGACGAGAAGAACGAAGAUGGGCACGAAGCCAAAGACACGCCCAUGCCCGUCACGAUGACCACUCCCACUCGUACUCCUACUCCGACCACUACUAUGACCGCGACCACGACCAGGAUUACAACCACCAUCACAGAGAUAGGGACAGGGACAGGGAGAGGGAGAGAGACAGAGACAGAGUCAGGAUCAGAGAUGACAGAGACAGGGACAGGGACAGGGACAGGGAGAGAGAUCGAGAGCGGGAGAGAGAUCGAGAGCGGGAGA